UUCUUUUUGCGAAAUUUUUUUUACUCCUUCCAAAGGUGGCUCCGGCGAAACGCGCUGCCACUCUCCCAAAGGCCCAAACUCUCCCUGCGACCGCGAAGCUCUCCCACACCUCCGUCAGUCCGUCGCCGGACGCCGCCUCCAGAUCAGGCACCGUCGCACCGAUCCUUCAGCCGCCGUUCCACCUCCCCACCUCGUCCCGCAGUGCCCGUCGUCCUCGCUUCAAUCCUUCACCGCCACGGAGCGGAGAUCCGUCCGAGCUUGGACUGAUUCCUCCCUCCGUCUCCUCGUCGGUGAGGUAGCCCUAGCCUGCCUGGAUGGGCCGCUCCCUCCGGUCCGCAGAACCCGAAUCUUCAGCUCCAGGAAGGACGCUCUAAUCUGUCUAGCUGGACUCGUGCUGGCGUGCUGAUAGGCGCAGGGAGCUUCAGCUGAGAGGGGCCGUCGAUGGCGGCGGAGCUGGGGCAGCAGACGGUGGAGCUGGGCGCGAUGGUGCGCCUCGCGGCCGAGGAGUCGUACCUAGCGCUGCGGGAGCUCGUGGAGAGGUCGCGGGCCGAGGCGGAGGCGGAGGCCCAGGGGAAGGAGGGCGUGCGGCUGAGGUCCGACACCGAGAAGAAGAUCGACCUGCUCAAGUUCGUCGACCGCACGCGGCAGCGCAUGCUCCGGCUCCAUGUUCUCGCCAAGUGGUGUCAGCAGGUCAGCCCCAGUCAAUUAUUCCAUCUUCCUGCAAGUUAAUUGUACUCCUUACCGUUCAAUUAGAGAUGCAGUUUUCAGUUUUGAAGGCUUCAGUGAACCAUCGGGAUCUUGGUGUCACUAGCGCAAUAACUAUUUAGGCUUGCUUAGUCCUUCUGGCUUUCCAGUCUGUUGUAUGCAUUAUUAUAGUGAAGGCAACAUGGCUGAUGGCUCUAGAAUAUAGUUGGAUCAAGAAAGAAAUAUUUGCAACAUCUGGAGUCAUGCAACAUACUGAACCACAUCUUCCACGAACUACCCACUCCCUUCAAAUUUGAGCCUCCACACACGUUUCUUUUGUCGAACUUUUAACAGCAACCCCUUCAAUAAUGUAUCCCAUGAGCAUGCCAAUGUGUCACAAUUGGAUUCAUGUUAGACCACAAUAUCAUUGCUUCAUUGCUAGUUGUGACCAUGAUUAUGUAAAAUUAACCAAUGCUCAAUUUCAGGUCAAGGCUCCCUGUAAAAUACCCUGGGCCUAGAAUCAAACGCUAAUGGAAACUCUUUGAAAAAUAAUAAAAAAGAGAAACAUAUACUGAACUACUUCUUCCACAGAAUAUCCCCUCCAUUCAAAUUUGAGAAUCUGACCACAUUUGUUUCGCCAAACUUUGUAACUUUUAACAGUAACCUUUUCAAUAAUAUAUCCCAUGAGCAUGAAAAAGUGACACAGUUGGAUUCAUGUUGGACCACAAUAUCGUAACUUCAUUUCUAGUUAUGAAGAUGAUUAUUUAAAAUCAAGCAAUGCUCAAUUUUGGAUCUUGAAGGUUCCCUGUAAAAUAUCCAAGUCUUAUUUUCAAAUCGGGUGUGGGUGGUGGGUGGGGCGGAUAUAGCCAUAGGGCUGUAUCUAGCGUUAUCCUGUUUACUGAUAUGAUAGAUGGUUAGGUGGUUGCUAUCCAGUGUAUGCAGCGGCAGGUCUUAAGCCCUGGUCCUAGAACCAAAAGCCCAUGGAAGCUCUUUUCAAAAAUAAAAAAAAGAGACAAACACAUUGAUGUAUUUUCCCAAGCUUGAGCCAUAUCUCAUUUUUGGUUCUGCCCCUUCUGUAACUGUGCAUAGUCUUCUGGUUUUGUAGGUUUAUUCAUUCAUCUGUGCAUGUUGCAUGGAAAGAUUAUGAUAUGGUGGUUUUAGAUUUCCUUUGCAUCUUAUAUGAAGCAUUAUUUUCAAGUGGUUGCUGUGUUCAAUUUUUAGCUUCCUUUGCUCACUAUGAUGGGCUAACCUUUUGCUGUUACUUUGCGGAAGAAGAGGUUUUUUUUUAUGUGUUGCUACAGAAUUAAACCCUUUGCUUACAAAAGGGACAUACGAACGUGUCUACAGUUUGGUGUUCUUGCCACCUGCCACCACGCUUCCUGGCAGCUGCAUAACCCAUCCCCUUUCCCUUCCACGCUAAGCCUCCCAGCCCACCUGUUGCCAUAUUGGAUUUUAAACCUUCCAAUUGCAAAUAAGGACAUGCUCUUGCUUAGUCAAGGCACAUGAGAUAGAGGACAUGCACGCAUUGCAGCAGCCUCUUCUUGGUUCCUUCCAAUUCAUGCAUGGGAAAGAGAAAACAAGAGGAACAAAGGAGAAGAAGGCAGGGGUUUCGUGUCUCUGUUACAGCUUGAUCGAUCAAUGGCAAAUAAGGGUUCCUCUGGUUAAUUACUGCCGACAACUAGCAUCAACGCUCUCUAACCAUGAAAUGUGCUUCACCCAAACAGCAGACUCGCUGUUCUUUAUGCAUGAUGGACUGCAGCAGGACCAUGCUCCCAUUUUUGAUGUUCCAUUUGCUACAGAAGUCCUACGUACAGGGAGUUACAGGAGAUUACCAAAAUGCAUAGAAGAAAUAGGUACCCAGAGUACGCUUUUUCAAGAUGAACGAAGGCCUACUUUGAAGAAAUUAAACGCCCUUGUACGGGCAAAAUUACUUGAAACCUCAGUUCCUAAAGAAAUAUCUGAGGUUUCAGUGACUGAUGGGAUAGCCAAUCUACGUGUAGAUGGAGAGUUUCAAGUUCUUCUUACAUUGGGUUACCGUGGACAUUUCUCACUUUGGAGGUUAUUGCACAUGGAGUUGCUUGUUGGUGAAAAGACUGGACCUAUUAAGCUUGAAGAGACAAGAAGAUAUGCUUUGGGUGAUGAUAUUGAGCGGAGAAUGGCUAACACAGACAAUCCCUUCAUGAUUUUGUAUACUGUACUACAUGAAUUGUGCAUCUCUCUUGUCAUGGAUACUGUGAUUAGGCAGGCUAAUAUUCUACGUCAGGGUAGAUGGAAAGAUGCAAUAAAAUCUGAACUUAUCUCAGAUAGUAGUGCAGCACAAGGUGGGAAUGCUCCACUGCAGCUUGGGCAAGAUGGGGAUCUUGAUCUUAGUGGUUUUAGGAUACCUGGUUUGAAGUUGAAUUACUGGCUAGAUGAAAACAGUAGUGGCUCAGCAGAACCUGCUUUAUCUCCAUUUAUCAGUAUUGAGGUAGGGAAGGAUAUGCUGAUAAAUUGUCUGCACAGCUCAUUUAUACUGGAUCCUCUUACUGACAAAGAGGCUGAUCUUUCUAUUGAUCUGAGCUUCAUUGACAUUGAAGCACUUAUUUUGAAAGCAAUUGCUUGCAAUAGACACACUCGUCUUCUGGAAAUUCAAAGGGAGUUGAGCAAAAAUGUUCAACUUUUGCAAUCACCUACUGAUGUUGUCCUGAAAAGAGAAGUUAAUGAAGAUGGCUUAGGGAAGAAAGUGGAUGGAAAGAGCUUUCAAAAUUCGUGUACAAAUGAAGUACUUCAGGUUAGGGCAUUUGGAGAAUCGUAUAUUCACCUGGGAAUAAAUAUCAGGAGUGGUCGCCUCCUCCUUCAAUCAUCGAAAAACAUCUUGCUACCUUCUUUGCUGUUAGAAUCUGAAGAAACUCUAAACAAAGGGAGUCUAACAGCAAAUGAGAUUUUUGUGAACUUAAGGAGCAAGAGCAUCCUCCACUUAUUUGCUGCAACUGGAAGGUUUCUGGGUCUUAAGGUUUUCUCUCAGUCCCAAGUUACUCUGAAGAUUCCAAAGUCAGUCUUAUAUGGUUCAGAUUUUAUUGUCAUGGGAUUUCCUCAGUGUGCAAAUGCUUAUUAUUUCUUGAUACAACUUGAUAAUAACCUUAGGCCUGUUUUUCAUUUGCUUGAGACACGGUCUGAUGAAAGUAACAGCUCUAAUGCUGAUACCAACCAGGUAAUCAGGUUUAAUAGGAUUGACAUUAGCCGUAUGCAAAUAGGCGAAGAUGAGUAUAUUGUGAACUUAUUUGAUACUGGGAAAGCGCUACAAGAUAUUGAAGGUGGAUCACUUAGGCCAAGUGGAAAUGAGAAGCUUCUGCCCUUAACACCUUCAUUAUCGUCUUCUUUUUCUUCUCUUGUUGAUGAAGUAUUUGGGCACAAUACAUGUUCUUCAACCAUAGAAAAUCAGCAUUUGCUGCCUUCUAGUUUGCCCUCUAGACACUUAAGUUCUUUUCAAGUUGGUCCUGGGAGACUCAGUGGCACAGCUUACCUGCCUGAGCUCGGAAACUCUAUUGAUUCAGACAUUAAUACUUCUGAAGUUACACAUGAUGUAAGCUUGAACAGUGAUCUGCUGAGUAGCAGUUCAGGCCCUGCCAGAAUUUUACCCAUGCCAUCAGACUGUAAGUCUGGUCAUGGCCUUAGCUCAUUGAGAUCUUUAAGAGGCCAUGAUAUUUCCCAUAGAAGUAAAUCUCUUCAACUUGUUUCUUCAGAUGGCCAAGGAGUUUUGGGAAAUAUCUCCACUACAAAACUUGGAGGGCCUUCCAGAAAACGAUCUCUUUCGGAUAUUUUAUUGAAUAUCCCAUCAUUACAGCAGUCUAGAAUAAGCGAUGGACCAAGAAAACGAAGAAAAUCGUCAGAGAUUAUGAAGGAUGGCGCUCUUUCUAUGGAAUAUUCAUCUGGAAAACCCUUAACAUAUGGAAAUAUAUUUACAGAAGAAAAUCAUUGUGUUACGUCAGCUGUUUAUACUUCUGUACUUCGUCAUGCCAUAAAGCACUGUUCACUUUGUAUCAAGUAUGCUCAACUAACUACUCAGAUGGAUUCUCUUGGCAUCCCAUAUGCAGAAGAAGCAGAGCUGGGGACACCAUCCUCUAAUCUUUGGUUGCGGUUACCCUUUCUUAAAGAGGAUUCAUGGAAACAUGUAUGCUUACGCCUAGGUGAAACUGGGCGUAUGUCUUGGGAUGUUAGGAUCACUGAUCCAUAUUAUGGUUCACUCUUGAAAGUCUAUGGAGGCAGCACUACCACUGAAUGGGGUAUUGGUGUUCGUAUAGCGAACACUUCCGAAAUAGAUUCACAUAUCACUUUUGAUGAUGAUGGGGUUGUUUUGACUUAUCACACUAUUGAGGCAGCUAGUGUCCACAGGCUUGUCUCAGAUUUACAACGACUUUCAAAUACCCGUGCAUUUUCAUGUGGAAUGCGGAGAUUGAUUGGUAUAAAAGUUGAUGACAAGCGAGAUGAAGAAGUGACAUCUGCGGAGACGAACUUACACCCCACAAGAAAAGGUAGCAAACACAGACUAUCUGAACAAAUUAGAAAAAAUUUCAGGAUUGAAGCUGUUGGUUUGAUGAGCUUGUGGUUCAGUUAUGUUUCUGCACCCAUGGUCCAUUUUGUUGUUGAGUGGGAGGCUGGUAAUGAUGGUUGCACAAUUCAUGUUUCUCCAGAUCAACUAUGGCCACACACGAAGUUUUUGGAGGAUUUCGUGAAUGUGGGUGAGGUAGCAUCAUUCUUGGACAGCAUCAGGCUUACAGCUGGACCUUUGCUUGCCCUUAGUAUUGCAAUUCGCCCUGCAAAAAUGCCUGUGACAACUUCUGGUUACAGUUCUUUGCCAAAGCAAAACAACUUCCGGGCACAGGGGCAACCAGCGAAUGACUCAUCAUCAACUACUAUGCAAAAUGUGUGCGCCCCACUGAGCCCUUCAGGAGCCCAUCCUAACAAUCACAAUCUUCAGAGUUCCAUGCUUUCUGCUACAGGGCAGGGCGGGCCUGGAUUAGUUCCUAGUCCGUCAUUGCCUUUUGAUGUUACUGUUGUGCUUCGUGGUCCAUAUUGGAUACGUGUUAUAUAUCGCAAGAUUUUCUCUGUUGACAUACGCUGCUUUAGUGGAGAUCAGGUGUGGCUACAGCCAGCAACCCCUCCAAAGGCUGGACCUUCGGUUGGUGGGUCUUUACCUUGCCCACAAUUUCGACCAUUCAUAAUGGAGCAUGUUGCUCAGGGUCUAAAUGCUUUUGAACCCAGUUAUAUGAGUGCCAGGCAUAGUGGUGCACAAUUGAAGGCCAAUGCCAAUACAGCUUCUGCAAGUCAGCAAUCAGCUCCUGCUCUGAACCGCUUUCAUGGUGCUCACGGUGUAGCUAUUUCUAGGCCAACUCCAAGUGUUGGGAACCAGGGUUUCACUCGAGCAGGCAGUGCCAUGGUGGCUUCUUCAAAGUUUGCUUCAGGAAUUGCAGGACACCCUGCACACCUUUCUCCUGGAACAAACCUUCCUGUUCAUGUGAAGGGUGAGUUGAGCUCAGCUUUUACUGGUCUUGGGGAUGAUGGUGGCUAUGGUGGUGCCUGGGUACCUCUUGCUGCUCUUAAGAAGGUGUUACGAGCCAUCCUUAAAUAUCUUGGAGUUCUAUGGUUGUUCUCACAGUUUCCUGAACUUCUGAAAGAAAUACUAGGGUCAGUUUUGAAUGAGAACGAAGGAGCUCUUUUAAAUUUGGAUCAGGAGCAGCCAGCACUGCGUUUUUUUGUGGGUGGUUAUGUAUUUGCAGUUAGUGUUCAACGAGCUCAACUGCUUCUUCAAGUUCUUAAUGUAAAACGAUUUCACCAUCAACAACACAAACAGCAGCAGCAAGCUCAGAGUCCUGCUCAGGAAGAGCUAGCAACAUCUGAGAUAAAUGAAAUAUGUGACUAUUUCAGCAGGCGUGUUGCCUGUGAACCAUAUGAUGCUUCUAGGGUUGCUUCUUUUAUCGCUUUGCUUACAUUACCCAUUUCAGUUCUUAGAGAAUUCAUAGGUCUAAUUGCAUGGAAGAAAAGUCAGUCCCAGGCUCAUGGGGACAUUGCUAGUGCACAGAGAGUUCGGGUUGAACUCUGUUUGGAGAAGCACCAUGUAUCAGAUUCAAAUGACCACGCUGAGAGUUCAUCUUCAUCAAGGAGCAACAUUAAGCAUGACAGAGCCAACCGUUCUGUGGAUUUUGGCCUGACUUUUGUUCUGGACCAUGGUCUUAAACAUCAUACAAACAUUGGUGGAGCUGCUUGGUUACCGAAUUGUGUUUCUGUUAGACUGAGGUACAACUUUGGGGACAAUGGACAUGUCAUGUUCCUUGCAAUGGAGGGGAGCCACGGGGGCAAAGCUUGCUGGUUGCAGUAUGAAGACUGGGAAAGAUGCAAGCAAGCAGUUGUCAGGGCCAUGGAGUCUGCAAAUGGGUCUCCCGCACCUGGAGAGACAGGCCAGGGGAGAUUGCGACUGGUGGCUGAGAUGAUCCAUAAACAACUACAACUUUCACUACAACAGCUAAGAAAUGGCCCUCUUUCUGCCAGUUGAAUAUAUCUUGACAUUAGUACAUGGGUGACUGCUGGCAGAUGAGGGAAUAUGUUUGGUAGAAUUGUGCAGAAAAGAUGCAAAGUUCUCGACAUUGUGGGGGUGGGGGGUUGGUGAGGUAACAGAGAUUUUCUGCCUAUUAUGAUGUCUGCCUCUUGCACCUGAGGCACGUCACCAUUUUUGUACAUAAAGAUUACUAACUUCCUAACCUGUCAAUAAUGUGAUCACUGAUUUUUAAAAGGAUGCCAUCACUGCCCCCUUGCAACUGGGAUUAGUAGGAAGGGGCAAACUGAGACAUGGGUGCUGUUAGAUGUGGCUCUGGAUAUGUUUUGUGGAGUUGAGAUCAUGAACCAGAAUGUAUAUGUACUUUAACUCAAAAAAAAAAAGAAUGUAUAUGUACUUUAGAAGGUUGCUGUUGUUCUUGGUACACUUUAUAAAGGUUUAGCCAGGAUAUAUAUGGUGUGAUAA